CACUUGUGCAAUGUAUAAAUUAUUUCAGAUUCUUGAUGAAAUUUACUGUUUGGCGUAUAUUUAUUGACAUUCACAUAAUUUAAUUGUUUGAAAUUUUAAAACUGUAACCUUGUGUUGUGUUGACAGUGUUAAACUUAAAGGAAAUGGAUUUGAGUGUCAGCAAGAGUUGUGAUGCACUGCAGGCUGUAGAGAGAUUAUAUAAUCAGUUGAAACAAAACAUAGAGCUUACAGAAGAGUCAGUUUUUCAGAAAUGUGUGGACACCCUGGAAAAUUUAAGAUCUAUCAAAUCUAGCCUUGAAGGGUCAGAGGUCAAGGUCACAGCUCCAGAGGUCAGUCAAGAAUGGCUUCUGGAAUUGAAACAGUUGACCUUGAUGCAUGUUCCCUCCUCAUUGACAGAUUCUGUUAGAUUGAAUUUCAGUAAACUGAUAAAACAGUCUUUCCAAGACGAGGAUGUUGAUAUUGUGUUUGCAGCUUUAAUAACCUGCCCUUGGUAUGGGUGUACUCAAAAAGAGCGCGGAGAGCAUGCCAAAUAUAACAAUCUAUUUAUAGUAUACCAGUCAACACUAGAGAGAUUUAUGGCACCCCACAAUCAUCAUAUUAUUGAACAGACUAAUGUUGUAGAUAUGCAAUGGUUGUAUGCAUGUGAAUUGAACCAUUUCGUACAGUUUAUUGUCAAGGGAAAGACUCGUAUUGUUGAGGCCUUAUACUGUCCACAGUCAGCAGUUUUGUUUGAGACAGAUAUGUGGAAACAGUUGAGAUCUAGGCUACAUUAUAGUCAAGUUACAGGUCUUAGAGGUUUUCUUGAGGCAUGUCGAGGUCAGUCAGUAGGUGGCAUUGGCAAGAAAGGUAAAGAUGGCAAGUUCAGGAUGAAAGAUUCAACUACAUUUAGGGAGUUGUGCGACUCAUUUAGGUUGAUGAACCAUGCUUAUAACAGUAUAAAUAAUCUACCUCCUUGUACAGGAGAGUUUGAAGAGCUUUCUUCAACUCCUGAAAUAGCUCAUAAAUCAUUGGAAAUUCUGAGAUCAAUGUAUCAAAAUCCUGAUGUGUCAAAGAAAGAUGCUUUUGAUAAACUGUGUGAAUGGAAACAAGAAGUUGACAAACAUUUAACACCUAAAUAUAACUUUGUAAAGCCAGAGGAAGUACAAAGCAUUGUGGGUAAAUGGCAUAUGGAAAUGAGGCUGGGAGGAAGGACAAUUUCUCCAAGCAUAUGUGUUAAAGAAGGUGUAUCAGAUAUGAUGUGUUUACUGGAGGAGAUCGGUGGACCGGUUGCCGGUCUUAAACCGGAACAGAUAUUGAUGAUAACACGGGCUGGUAGCUACAUGUAUGGCCUCUCUACACCAACCAGUGAUACUGAUUAUGUCAUCAUAUAUGCUGAAAAUACAGAGCGAUAUUUGACAGCUUGUAAGCAAUUACCUGAGAUUAUAGAAAAUCGGGGACCAAAUAAGGAAGUAGAGUAUGGUGCAUACGAGGCUAGAUGUUUUGCUGAAAUGUUAGUAAAAGGCAGUGUAGUCAUACUUGAGCUUGUGUAUAAGGAUGACCACAAUUACAUGAGUCCUGCCUGGAAAGCAUUAUGUCAACAGAAAGAGAAGUUUAUAUCAGAGAGGGCUAUACAACAAUACAUGGGCCUCAUAAGAAACAACAUGAAAAUGAUCAAAAAUGAGAAACAUAAAGAUGCACCUCAGGAAAGAAAACUAUUCUAUCAGAUUUACCACAAACUGGAUAGCCUAGAGUACAUGAUGAAAAACGAAGCACCACCUGUCAAAUGUACAGGAACAACUAGAGAUUUUAUCAUGAGUGUUAGGACUGCACCACUUGAGGGAGAUCUUGCGAGAGACAAGUUGUAUAAAGAUUGUAUAAACACGGUGGAUGACAUCAGAGAUCGUUUAGCAAACAGACGGACACGUCUCCGAGAAAACUGUGAUUUUGACUUUAUCGUAGACUGGAUUAUGACAGUCAGGGGCAUCAGUUGUAGUGUGACCUAGAAUCAUCCUAGCUAUAUAGUUUGUCACUUAAUUAAACGCUUAAUCUUGAAAUUAAAUAGUGAAGUUACAAAGGGAUACGGACAAAAGCCCCAUCGGACGAAAGCCCUCCCAUCUAAAAAUGACAAGAUGGACAAAAGCCCCUCCCCCCCCCCCAAUGAAAUUUACACAUAGGACAAAAGCACCCCCCCCCCCCAGUCCAUGAAUCAUUGUUAUUGAGAAUCUCGUCAGUUUAAUUCCAGAACUUGAUGUAUUGAGACAAGUCAAAUGCAAUUGUUUUAAAAGAUAAUUUACAAAGAGGAAGGGCUGACUUACAAAACGGGUUCUAUAAUAAUGAUCCUUCUACAUUUGUGAUCUUACUCUACUUUUAUUUCAUAUACAUGGUUAUUUAAUUAACAUCAAAGUUUAAUAUACAUGUAUGUACUAGAUGUAUUUAUUAUUGAUGAGAUAUAAGGUAUGUCUUUCAUUUUAUGUAAAUUUGAAGUUUGUCAGCUAACAAUAUAAAGCCUGGUCAGACAGGCAAAGGUUUAUCUUUUUUAGUUCCAGUAGCCUAAUGGUAAAACAUACCUGCUAUAUCAAUUUUGUUAUACAUGUAGUUCUUACUUAGAAUGCGUCGUGCAAUGUGAUAUCCAAAGUUCUUGAUAGUUGUUGAAUUUCUAGGAUUUUUGUUUCUAUUUUGAACUAUACAUGCACAUGUUUUAUAUACUACUUAUUUUGCAUUUACAGUUAUACAAAAUAUAUAUUUAUAUACUAUAUUAGAAAAAAAAAUGAAUUAGAAAAGAAAAGUUAAUUGAUUUUUAUUAACUUUCAAAAAAGCACAU